AUGAAAUCAACAUUAGUUGUUCUACUUAUAGUUGUGGCCUCUGCAUCAACAGUUGCAGAUAUCACAUAGAGAUUAUCAAAUUAUGCUGAUCAUCCCUUUGGAUCUUCAAUGAUCAAUUUAGUGAGUGUCAACAUGAAGACCGGCGGAUCUCUCAAUGAACUCAAACAACUGUUAUAGCAAAUUAAAGAUGAAUUAAUUGCACUUACCUAAUUGUAAGACCAAGAGAAUGCCACCUUCACCAGAAGAUCAUAAGUUGAUUUAGCCAAACUCUAAGCCACUUUAGAAUAAGCACAAUCAGAUCUUGAUAAUUAGAGACAAGAAUAAGCCAGUCUCACUAAUGAAUUAACUACACUCUAAAUUAGAGUUAAAGAAGAUUAGGCUGCACUCGACAGAAAUGGCAGAGGCUCCAAUGAUGCUUAGGCUAGAUUAGACUCAGAAAAUGCAGAUUUCGCUACGAAAUUCUAAGAUUACAGUGAUGCCAUAUUAGCAUGCAAAGAAGCUUAGAGAUUGUUACUCAAUUUAAGAGGAGAAGGAGCUUCCCUCAUUUAAUUGACACAAGACACUAAAUCCAAUUUAAUUUAAACCAAAGAGAACUUCUAGAAAAUCAAGGAGAUUCUUGAAGCUCACACCAAGAAGAGUUCUCUCACCUUGUUUUAACCAAUCAUUGAAGGAUUAGCAGAAAUGACUACUAAGGUUAAUCCUGAAACUUUGAACAAUGUUCUUAGUCUUGUUGCAAGAUUGAUUACUGCAUUACAAGAAGGCUAAGAUCAAUUGGAAUCCAAUCACAAGACUCAAGUGGAUAAUCUUAGUAGAUUAGGGGAUGAUUUGAGAAAUGAGAAGCAAACCUUAUAAGUGUCCUUGGCAACUGCUAAUAAUAGAUUGAAGGAGAUCCAAUCAAGAUUAAAUGAAUUGGAUGGAUUAAUAAAUAUUUCAAAUGCCAUAGUCGAAGUGACUUAACUAAAUAUUCAAGAUGCCACCAGAAUCAAUGAAUUAGAAGAUCAAGAAUAUAGCAAUUAAAAAGUUAGCAGAUAAACUGAAAUUGACAUCGUUGAUAGAUUGAUAGAAUAUAUUAACCAAAAACUAUCGGAAUGAUUUAUACAUAUAAUAUGCAUUAUAUAUUAAUUUAAAUAGAUAAUAAAA